CCUCAACCACACUAUUGCAGGACCUGUUUUUGGACUGUUUCCUCUGUGUGAUGCGUCACUUUUACAAGAGAAUGCGCGUACGGCGCGUUAUCGUUGAAUCUCUAACUUUUUAUGUCUCUUGUGCUCUGACUCGACCAGUAAAAGCCUCAUUGAACCGAAUUAUUGUGGCUCCUUUUCUGAGCUUCUCUCAAGCGGUUUCUUCAGCUGAAUGGCUCUAUCGGGAAGGCGGGAGAAAGCUCUUUUUUUUUUUUUUUGGAGCUACCAUUCAGAUAGAGAAUUCGUUUCUCUGGUCGAUAUCGAUGCAAUGAUCGCUCUGCUUACCACUCGAGGCGCAUCAAGCUCCCGCAUUUUCCCCACAUAUGUUGUACGAGCGCGCGCUGGUUUAGGCUUCGCGCUGCUCGGUUCGGGAAGCUCUGAUUUACUUCCACUUAUUUUCGCCUGACGGGCCAAAUGAAGAACGCUCAAAGGAGCGAUCUGUGGCCUUUAAAAAGCCGACUCCUAGGCUUGACCUGUCAUUCAAUGUACCUCCCCAUGUACUACAUCUUCUACGUGUCACUCUUUUCCUUUCUCUCUAUUUCUGUGCAUGCUCGCUUGCCCAGCAAAAUAUACGGUGUGAAUCUAGGGUCCUGGCUUGUUCUCGAGUCUUGGAUGUUACCAGCAGAGUGGAUCCGUAUGGGCGGUCAACAAUGCAGUGAUUGCUCCCAGUGUAUCGCGACAGAAUUCGCAUUUGCUCGUGCAUACCCUGACACAGUAGAUGGAAUAUUCAACAUGCAUUGGUCUUCGUGGUUCAACGAAGACGAUGUCCAUGACCUCAUGGAAGUAGGCAUAAAUACCGUUCGUAUUCCGUUGGGCUAUUGGAUCGUUGAAGCUCUUGUCGACCGGAAGACCGAGUUCUAUCCGCGAGGAGGUAUACACCAGCUUAAACGAGGAUUGAGGCAGCUGAAGGAUUCUGGUAUCAUCGCAAUUCUUGACCAUCACGCCCUUCCGGGCGUUCAGACUCCGAAUCAAAUGUUUACCGGAAGGUGUACAUCCGACGUUGAGUUCUACACUGAUUAUAAUUAUCGUCGUGCCCUUGUUUGGACUGCUGUUAUGACCGCGCUUUCCCACCUUGAUCCCGACUUCGGCAGUGUUGUUGCCAUCGAAGCCGUGAAUGAACCCAUCAUGAAUGCUACUCAGACUCCAGGAUAUGGCGAUUUCCAGAAAAAUUUCGUUCAGGUAGUGCGAGCAGUCGAACUUACUUUAGGCAUCGAUGUUCCUUGGUCUGGGACGAAGAUAGCCCCUACGGAUACGACGAACUUCACAGUAGCUUUGGAAGAAUCUUUGCCAAAUUUUACUCCCGAAGUUCAGUCCGCCCUCCUGGAAGCAGUGCCGAUCCUCGUCGAGGUUAUUACGGAACUCGCAUUGGACAGCAUGACACGGUUUAGUCCCCACUCCAGUCGUGAGCCCUUGUACACAAGUUUCAUGGACAUCAACUGGCAAUACGACAACCCCCCCAACCCAAGUGACGCACAAAUAGGACCUCAAAUCUAUGACAACCAUCUAUACUAUUCGUUCGGGGGUGUCGCAGACCCAAAUGAACAGGCGUACCUGGAGAGUAUUUGCAACCUUCAACGCGUACAAGCUGAUGCCGCAUUAGGCAACAGCCCGCUUGUAUUCGGAGAAUGGGGCUUAUCAACGCAAUUCAAUGCUACAGACGAAUUCCUCUACAAGUGGGCGGAUGCUCAGAAGCUGGCCUACACCAAAGGCGCUGGUUGGAUCUUCUGGAACUUCAAGGUAGAGAUAUCAACUCUGGCCGGUGAUCUCGCCAGACAAUGGUCAUACCUGGAAGGCGUUAAACUGGGCUUCCUCACACGUGAUCCGUCCAAAUUGAAUGAUACAAACGUUUGUGAUGGUUAUAUCCAAUGAUCUUUUGUCCUCAUUGCAGCCGUUAUGCUUUGUUAUGUCUCCAUGUUGGUGGGGUCCUUGAUGUACUUCUUGGACUGUAGGGUGCAGAUACGGAAGAUUCGGAAACUGUUGAGUUAUACAUUACUUAGUACUUAUAAUGAACACAACUAUUUUGACUUGAACGCGGUAUCUAGGGGUUCACGACAUCUACGAUCACCAUUUGCAUUAUCUAAGUCUGGUCUUCUACGAUGUAGAGAUCCUGGUGGUCCAUAUGGCUAUCUCAGACAACGU